AUGUCACCUCCCCGCGGCCUUGCCAGCGUGCUCGCCAAGUCGCCCUCCGACGUCGUCAUCCUGUCGGCGCUGCGAACGCCCGUCUGCCGCGCCUACAAGGGGCGACUGCGUGAUGCAUAUCCCGAGGAGAUGCUCGGCUCGGUGUUGGGCGCCUUGCGCGAGCGUCACCCCGAGGUCCACGUCGAUGAUGUUGCCGUCGGCGUCGUCCUGUCCGAGCUCGGAGGCUCCAAGGCGGCCCGCAUGGCCCUCACCCACGUCGGCUUCCCGCGUGAGACGUGCCUCUACACCGUUAACCGAGCAUGCGCAUCGUCGCUGCAGUCCAUCGCCGCCGUGGCGGCCCAAGUCAGCACCGGAAUCAUCAGCGUCGGCAUCGGCGGUGGCAUGGAGAGCAUGACGCGCAAUUACGGUACCAAGGCCAUCCCCGUCGACGUGUGGCCUGCGCUCCGGGACUCGCCCAUCAAGGACGCUCGGGACUGCAUCAUGCCCAUGGGAUUGACGUCGGAAAACGUUGCUGCAAGAUACGGCAUCUCCCGCGCUGAUCAGGAUGCCUUCGCGGCCGAGUCCCAUAUCCGCGCCUCGGCUGCCCGUGCCGCCGGCCGCUUCGACGACGAGAUCGUCUCCGUCACGACGCGCUUCCAAGAAGUUGAUAAGGAGGGUGCCGCCGUCGGUGCGGCGCAAACUAUCACCGUCACGCGCGACGACGGCAUCCGCGACGGCAUCUCGGUCGACGCCCUCGCCAAGCUCAAGCCGGCCUUCACAGCCGACGGCGCAUCCACGGCUGGAAACUCGAGCCAGGUGUCUGACGGUGCCGCCGCCGCGCUUCUGAUGCGCCGGAGCACGGCCACGCAGCUCGGCCUGGAGCGUCGUAUCCUCGGCCGCUUCGUCUCCGCACUCACAGCGGGCUGCGCUCCGGAUGAGAUGGGCAUCGGCCCCGCCCUUGCGAUCCCUCGCCUUCUCGCUCGCCACAGUCUGACCGUCCGAGACAUCCAGCGGUGGGAGAUCAACGAGGCAUUUGCCAGCCAGGCCAUACACUGCUUGCGCGAGCUGGGCCUCGAGCAGGCCUGGGAGCGGGGAACCGUGAACCCCGACGGCGGAGCCAUCGCGCUGGGACAUCCACUGGGCGCCACGGGCGCGAGGAUGACGAGCACGCUUCUCCACGGCAUGCAGCGGGAUGGAGGUGAUCUUGGCGUUGUGAGCAUGUGUGUUGGAACGGGCAUGGGCAUGGCCGGCCUGUUUGCUCGCGAGUAA